AAUUUUGGGGUGAGAUUGCCAAGUCAUAUUUGGAGUGGAUUGAACCUUUCCACACUGUCUCAAACUGUGAUCUUCCAAAUGGGAAGAUAUCAUGGUUUGAAGGAGGAAAACUCAAUGCAUCAGUCAACUGCGUGGACCGGCACAUGCGCACAGUGCCCGACCAGACGGCGCUCAUCUGGGAGCGAGAUGAGCCGGGCACCGAGCUGCGCGUCACCUACCGCCAGCUGUACGAGCAGGUCAGCCGGCUGGCCUCGGCGCUCCUCCAGCACGGCGUGCGCCGCGGCGACCGCGUGGCCAUCUACAUGCCCACCUCGCCGGCGGCGGCCGUGGCCAUGCUGGCGUGCGCGCGCAUCGGCGCCGUCCACUCGGUGGUGUUCGCCGGCUUCAGCGCGCAGGCACUGGCCAGCCGCGUGCAGGACGCGGGAGCCGAGACCAUCAUCACCAGCGACCAGGCCGUACGCGGCGGCAAGGUGAUCGAGCUCAAGAGGAUCGUCGACGACGCGGUGGCCCAGUGUCCGGGCGUCAAGCGCGUGCUGGUGUCCACUCGCACGGGCGCCGACGUGCCCAUGGGCGCCAUCGACAUACCGAUGGAGAAGGCGAUGGAGGCGGCUCGGGCCGAGUGUGAACCGGCCGCUAUGGACUCCGAGGACUUCCUCUACAUGCUCUACACGUCAGGCAGCACUGGCAAGCCCAAGGGGCUCACCCACAGCGUGGCCGGCUACUUGCUGUACUGCAUGUUCACACAGAAGCACGCGUUCGACCUGCGGCCGGGUGACGUGUUCUCGUGCGUGGCCGACGUGGGCUGGAUCACGGGGCACAGUCACGUGGUGUACGGCCCGCUGGCGUCUGGCAGCACGGCCAUCAUGUUCGAGAGCACGCCCGUCUACCCGGACCCAGGCCGGUACUGGGAGAUGGUGCAGCGGCUGCGGCCGACGCAGUUCUACGGCGCUCCCACCGCGCUCCGCCUGCUGCUGAAACACGGCGACAGCUGGGUCACCAAGUACGACCGCUCGUCGCUGCGCGUGCUGGCCUGCGUGGGCGAGCCGCUCAACAACGAGGCGUGGCACUGGUACCACGAGGUGGUCGGCGAUAAGCGCUGCGACGUCGUCGAUACCUGGUGGCAGACAGAGACGGGCGGCGUCUGUCUGGCGCCGAGGCCGUCGGAGGCCGGCGCCGAGAUCGUCCCGGCAUGCCCAUGCGGCCCAUGUACGGCAUCGAGCCCGUGCUGCUCGACGAGAAGAGCAACGAGAUCGCGGGCGACGACGCGUCGGGUGCGCUCUGCCUGAAGCGACCCUGGCCGGGCAUGGCACGCACCAUCUACGGCUCGCACCAGCGCUACGUGGAGACCUACUUGAAGCCGACGCCCGGCUACUACUACACAGGCGACGGCGCGCACAGACACCCGGGCGGCUACUACCAGAUCACCGGCCGCAUGGACGACGUCAUCAACGUGACGGGCCACCGGCUGGGCACCGCCGAGGUCGAGGAUG